GUGAAUUCGCCUUGAUGUAGUUAAUACAUUUGUGAAAAAUAAGAAGAAAUAAAUAUUAAGAAAAGAAACAUUUACUUUUGUAGAGAGCUAAGAAUGUAUUAAAACAUUAUUGGUUUUUUGUUAAACAAUACAUUGCUGCUCUAAAUAUUGUCAAAAAAAUAUCAAUGAGUUAAAUCGUUCAUUCAAUCGAACGAAUAUUGGCAAGUCAUCAAAACUAAAAAGUAUUCAAAGGAGAAAAUGCACUUCUUUUAAUUGAGGAAGAAGAGAAAGCGUGAGAUUAUUUUCAUGUAAAGCUAAGCGGAUUAAAAAGUUACAAAUAGGAAAAUUUGAUUCAUCAAUAUACCGGUAACUGAAAUAGGUAACAGUGGUUCAUAAAAUUAAGAAGACUCAAGGUCGACGUCUACUUGCUUUCGGAGGUGUUAGUUUUUGCUUCGUUUUUGGGUGUGGGUUUUCUUAAAAACACAAGUAACAACAAAAACAAACAAUAAAACAGACAGCAGCAAAUAAUGGCCAUUAGCUUUGAUAAGUAUAGGAAGCAGAUUGAGGCUGGUUGGAGAGAUGUUUUGGACGACAAGUCAUCAACUGAUUGGGCAUUAUUUGGCUAUGAGGGCCAGACAAAUGUCUUAAAACUAGUGGCAAGUGGAGAGGGUGGUGUGGAAGAGCUAUGUGAGGAUUUGAAUAGUGGAAAAAUAAUGUAUGCCUUCGUACGAAUUGAAGACCCAAAAACGGGGUUAAAGAAAUUCUUACUCAUUAAUUGGCAGGGCGAAGGGGCACCUGUUCUACGAAAAGGUACUUGUGCCAAUCAUAUACACGACGUAGCAAAAUUGUUGUCAGGGGCUCAUCUAACCAUCAAUGCUCGAAAUGAGGACGAUAUAGACUUGGAACGACUUUUGAAAAAACUUAGUACAGUUUCAUCGGCGUACAGCUUUAAGGAACCGCGUGCUGUAAAUGACGAGCAAAAAACGCCUAUAGGUACUAAUUACACUCGUGUUAUACCCACAAAAGAAUUAAAUGCAUCAGUCAUGCAAAAUUUUUGGAAGAAAGAAGAGGAAGAGGAGAAACAUCGUUUAGCUGCUGAUAGAGAGCAAAAGCGUUCAGAACAAGCCAAGUUAGAAAAGGAGCAGCGUGCACGAGAAGAGAAGGAGCAUUUAGAAAGAGAAAAAAAAUUGCAGAUGGCUAAUAAAUUACAACCAGCUCAUGUCCCCAUUAAAACGUCACCACAACCCUUAAGCCCCGAAAAAACUGUUGCUAGUAGUUUUGGAUCGGCAUUAACAGAAGCGGAACGCAUGAGGCAACAGCGAAGCCAGGAAGCUAGAGAAUUAAUUGGAACGCGUGUUGGAGCUGCAAAAGCAAUGUUUACUAAACAUACUAGCGAGGGACAAUUACAAAGCAAACUGAAUACGGCACCGCCUGCAAAACCUGUUCGAAAUUCUAUAACACAGCGUAUUAAUGUUUUUAAUCAGAAUCAAUCACAAAAUGAAUCCAACACAGUACUUUCGCAAGGACACCAAUUACCAGGCAAAAUUACUUUACCCAAACAAAUACUAGAUGAACCUACAAAUGCUCCAAAAGAAGAGAACAAAUUUGAAAAAGAAGAAGGAACAAGUCUUAAUUUGGACACUAAUUUGGAGCCUGUUAAGCCUGAAAUGACAGCUAUAGCUAAUAAUGAAGAGGAAUCAAACAGCAUUGAUGACUACCCGUUAGAACCAGACAGUGAACAGUAUUCUACCAUUAAAAGGUCACCACAUAGCAAAUCGAAUUCUUUGCAAUCACCAGACGAUACAUCAUCAUCAAAUAACACGGAUACUGCCCUGUAUCAAGACGAAGAAGAAGAGGUUAUGCGCACUAAAGUUUCAGUAACAGUACAGCAGUCCCAGUCACAAGCAGUAGCUACAAGUAAGAAUGGUUACUUGGGAGAGAGAAAUGACAUGAAUGAUAUAGUUAACGAGGAUGAUUUUAUAUGUCACGAUUCAUUGGGAGAUUUGGGCUUAAAAGCCCGUGCACUAUAUGAUUAUCAAGCAGCUGACGAUUCUGAGAUUACCUUCGAUCCCGGCGAUGUUAUUACUCAUAUUGAUCAAAUCGAUGAAGGGUGGUGGCAAGGUUUGGGACCUGAUGGAACUUAUGGACUGUUUCCGGCAAACUAUGUCGAAAUAAUAGACUAAUAAUCUAUAGGAAGAGAACAUAUUUUUAAAUAUAUAUUACUAAAAUUUUAAGUUUAUAAAAUGUUUAGAUAAUUUUAACAAAUAAAAAAAUUAUACAUAUAUCUUAUUGGGCAUAGUUCCAAUAUUUUAUAUUUUAUUUGUUGAAAUUACUUUGCAAUACUUUGCAUAUUUACAAGCAAUAGUUAAAAAAACCCAAUUUUAAACUCCAUAUACAGAAACUGUAAUUUAGAACUUUUGCUAAUUAAAUAUUGUAUCUACAUUUAAUACUUAAUCAUUAUAUUAGUGGUGCCAACUCUAAAGCAUUAAUAUGUAUUUUCAUAAAAAAUAAUCGUUUAUACAAUUUAUGCAGCUUUAUUUUUAAGACCUCAAUAGAUUGAAUCCAUUUUUACAAACGGCAACUGACAUCUUCGUAAAUAAUAGGACAUUCAUUAAUGAAUAAAUUUUUAUUUAUUAAUGAAUAAAUUCAUAAAUUAAAUAAUUAAUAAAUUUUUGUUCAUUAAUGUAUUAUAUAAAUUUGUUAUCAGUUUCGAGUCUUUACUUAAAAAUUUUACAAGUGACUAAAAUGUAUAUAAAAUAUUUCCUUUAAACAUUGUUUUUGAAAAAAGCUGUAAUUUAGACAUUAAAUACAUGCAUUUACAACCGUUUAUUAUAUGAACAUGUCAGUUACAGAUUAAUCUUAAGUCAUAUAAUUAUUUUGUUUUUCUUACGUCCUUAUUUUAACUAUUGCGUCCUGUCACAUAAUUAUUUAUAUUGUAUAUUUUAUUUUAAAGAAAAUACGCUUAGCGUUUAUGUUAUUAUAACUACUUAUUAUUUUGAAAACAAUAAUGUCCUUUUAUAUUUUUACUCUUUCAUACAUUCAUAAACAUAUACAAUAAACUAAAAAAUCUAUUAAAACGUAAUUUUAAUAAGAAAACAGUUUUAAGUAAGAUUCAAAAGGGUGUAUCAAAAUUUACUUAUUAAUUGAAAAUGGUGAAUGGCAUGAAUUUUUAGAACUCUAUUGUCUAAAAUUGUAUUUAAAAUGGCGAAACGACAAAUUAAUUUUUUAUAACAAGUAAAAAGGCAUAAAGAUAAAGAUAUGUAUAAGUAAACAAAUUUGGCAUAACAAACAUAAUGAAACAAUAAACAAAGUUAAAUGCUUGUAUGUAUAUCGCAUCAAGCAACUAGU